AAAUGAUUGGAAUAGAAGAAAUACAUGAUAUCCAAUUUAGCCUUGAUAAGGACUAUAUAUUUGCCAUCACUGACCAGGGAGUUAUCUUUCUAAGCUCAGAUCCUGACAAGGAGGUGGAAAACUAUGAAACUAGAGAUAUCAGCAACAUUGAGCUAUUGCAGAGCUAUAAUAACAUUAUUGCUUAUGUACAGAACAAUAAGAAGGGUUCUCGGAAAAUGCUCAAGAUUUAUGAUGACUACACAAAAUCGGAUAUUUUCAAAAUCAAGUUUGAUUCGAGAAUAAUCGAUCUAAAAAUUUCUAUUAACGGCUUCAUGGUGAUCCUCAAGGAGAAAGCAUAUCUCUUCAACUGCAGGGAAGGAAAGAAGGACACUUGGAAAACUCCAAAGCUUGUGAAGAAGUUCAAAACUCCUGAAAACAGGAUGGGUAUUGGGUGCUUUUUGAGCUAUAAAACCAGAAAUUUUGCCAUUCUUCCAAGUGAAAGAACAAAGGUUCAGAUUUAUGACUCGAAGCAAAGUGAAGAUAUCGAAGAGUUUGACGUAGAACAAGAUUAUUCUUUAUUAUCGGCAAAUCUUCAUGGAGAAGUAUUUGCCCUUCCCAAUGAAGAUGGGACAGAAAUUUUCCUCCACAAAAUCUUUGAUGGAAGCUGUAUUUCUUCAUAUACUAGAGGUUCAUCUCCUUGCCAAAUUACUUCAAUAGAGUUUGAUCGUUAUUGAGAAAGAUUAGCAUGUUGAUCCGAGAAAGAGACUAUCCAUGUUUUCUCACUGCCUAAAGAACUUGCUAGUGGAGGUGUAAACCUUGAAGAAGAAAAAGAUUCACAAAAAGCAGCUAUUCCUAUCAUUGAUAAAACAAUUCCUCCCACUAAACUAGAUGAAAGACCUAAUCAGGGAGGAGGAUGGCUUUGGAAUUCAGAAGGAAAGAAAAGUUAUCUCAAGGUUAAAAUUGAAUCACCUGAUAAGAUUCUUACUAUUCAUAACAACAAACUGCACGUUAUCACUCAUGAUUUGGUAUUGUACCAGAUAGACAUCCAAAACCUUGGGGAUUUCAGCAUCGGUAGUAAGGAACUAAGAGAGAUUGAGCUUUUCGAAUAAGCUGAGAUUUAUAAAUGAGUUGUUUAUAAAAUGUAAUUUUGAAGGACUCAAGGGG